AUGUACAACAUCGGCUUCAUGCUGCUGUCGCAGCAAAUGAGUCAAGAAAGAGUGAAGAUACCAUUUCAGGCAUGUGCUGUUGGUUCAAACGUUGUUGUUCUGAGGGACGACCUUUCUAGAGUGCAGAUUACAACCGUUUACGGCAUCAUCAUCCGCAUUUUCGAACCAAAAGCUGUUACAUCUAUCGAAACUGAACAUGUCGAUGCUGAGAUUGACUUGGUGAUGGGUGAUAAGCUACUUUUCUGUCAGCAGCGAUGUCUGUCUAGGAUGAGUGGAUUGGACACAAAUCCGUCUGCGUCCCACACCGCACAAAAUGAGCGAGCACAGCGCGAUCACAGCUGGAAUGUUGUUUGGUCAGCACAGGUUCCACAUGCUCCGAAGUACACAAGACACUCGCGAUGGUGCUUCCUGGCUGUCGCGGGAGAAUAUGAUCACACUGUGAAGAUAUUCUGUGAAGAAAUAGGCAAUAGUCGUACGCUGAUGAGCCCAGAUCGCAUGGCUGAUAAGAGCUUUUAUUUCUUCUGCGCUUAG